GUUUCGUACUACAAAUAAACGGACUAGACGAAACGCCGUGAACACAUAAGCCUCUCUGUAUUUGUACUUUUGGCGCUUUUAACAUCGUGUUGUGGAAGAAAGAAGAUGGAAGAAGUCUAUGACUAUUCUCGGCAUAGAUAUUUUAUUGCUAUCGAUUUGGGAUAUGACAAGAUUACCUCUAUAGCGGCAGCCAUUAUUAAAAAUACAAGGGAUGACGAAAGGAUUGAAAACGAAUACUGUGCCUCAUUUUUAUAUGACACUACCACCAGAAAGGUCAUUGCCAGAGUCAACAAUGUUGAUGAAGCGAAUGAGAAUCCGAAAGGGUUUCAAGAAGGCGUUAUUUAUGUACGAAACAUUUUAAGCGAGCUCGCUGACAUUUAUUUAAAAUCCAAGCAACAACCUUUCUAUAAUACGGCACUGUACGCGGUCUUGUACGAGGAAGCUAUAGACCUGUUACAAAAAUUACUGGAUAUUUAUAAACAAGAAUUGAAUAGUGUAAAUAUGGAUUUUUAUUAUUCUUUGAACCUUCCAACCAGUUGGGAUUAUGAAAUAAGAGAAGAAUUGUUCCUGCCUCUAUUCGUAAAAGCUGGUCUUCUCCAUGAAAAUGAUGGUCCGGGCAGGCUGGUGUUUUAUUCAAUGUUAGAGUUAAAGUUUCAACACACACAUGGAUUGAGAUACUGGAAUGAUGCUGAAAACAUAAAGUAUGGUGAUCAGCGCAUUAUAUGUACAAUAGAUUUCCAAGUUACAUACUCUGUGGAUUUGAAAUUGGUAUCAGCUCAAUACCCUGCUUUCAGAUUAUCAAAUAGAGACUUGGUGCCACAAUUGUUGAAACAAGCUCAUUUUGUAAUCCCGUAUGGACUAAAGGAACUACGAUUGUCAUUAAUAGCAUGUGUGGAAAAGCAUUGUGAUACUACGUUUUCAUCAGAAUCUAUCGACGACAUGAUUGAAAAACUCAGUCAACGCUACGAUGGAAUUAAUUAUUCGACAUAUCCAAGUGAUGUUUUAGAUGAUCAGCCAUUCCCAGACUUGAAAUCUCGCUGGACGAAUGAAUCAAUCACUUUUAAAAACAUACUUGAACAUUUUUCUGGUUUUGUUGAAAAAUUCUUUAGAAAUGAAGUAGAUAAAUUUCUUGUAGGCACGAGCAAUACAGUACCCAGACCAUUGGUCAUUAUUUACACAAGUCGAAUCCCGCACACAUGUUAUGCUAUGGGGCUAAUGUCAUCACUUGAACGUUGGUCGAGAAAGUAUUACAGUGAACUAAAAGAAUCUUACAUAUCCGCGGAACUAGGUGAUAAUUCCCCCAUAUUUGAACUCUUUGACUAUGAUCACCGAAGAGAUGCAACUCAAAAGCUUUUAGAAAACCGAAUGGAAGAAUUUAACGUGCGCAGAAACCCAGUUAUACUACCCAAAGAAACAACAAUGGAAGAACCCAAAAGUUGCUUAAAGCCUAUUAUCUUCAUCAAUAUCGGUAAAUUGACUCCUUAG